AUGCUUGCGUCAAGCAAGUGGGUUACCAAAAGUAUUCACCUGCCAUUGACGACAAGUCUAUCAUCGGCGCCACGUGUGCUGAUGUGUAGUGCUUCUGUGGGUACCGAAGCCUCUGUGACACUACAUCUAAGAGAUGUCAAUUCCAAUGAUUCCAAUUUAUCGUCCGCCUCAUCAGCAGCCUCACAAUCGUCACCGGCACAGUCACAGACGACGUCGACCAGUGCAAAUACGGCCACAACACUGGAUAAUGCAUUAACCAUUGGUUAUCCAGAUCCAGAAAUGUUGGCUGAUGUCUUGGGAACAUUACAAACAGCUUUAAAUGGUUCAUUGAAGAAUCGGAUUACCAUUAGUAAACGUACCUCCCCCAGUAAUAACAACAACAACGGUAGUAACAACAACAGCAGCAGCAACAAUGUAACAAAUAUUGGCAACAAAGUUAUAGCAUCUGGCGUACAAACCGUUUCAACGUCCACCAAUACCACACCGACAAGUGUGAAUAAAACCAAUAGUUAUAUAAAAAAUUGUCUAAUACGCAGCAGCAGUUGCAGCAACACCACCAACAUUACAUCAUUGGCUCAGAUAAUGAGCAAUAGUAGUACGUCGGGAAAUGGCAACAACAACAGCAGUAACAGCAACUCCAACAGCAACAACAACUCUUUGAAUUCCCUUAAUCAUCAUUCGAAUGGUACUUUGUUACAACAACUUAGCACUCAAAAUAAUAGUAGCAACAACACUUCCAACAACAACAACAGUUGCAGCAACAGCAAUUUCAGUUCGAGCAGCAACGAUAGUUGCUUUAGCUAUAGCAGCAACAGCAGUAGUGUUCCUUGCGGCCCAUUGUCGUCAUCAUCAUCGUCGGCCAACAACAACAGCAGCGUUGCAAAUUCUGCGAAAAUCUUAAAGAAAAAUCGUUCAAAGAUUUCGGCGCCCAGUCGUCACGGUCCGCAGCAGUGUCAGAUUUGUAAUAAAAUUUUUGGAAAUGCAUCUGCCUUGGCCAAACACAAACUGACGCACAGUGACGAACGGAAAUACGUGUGUGUUAUGUGCUCAAAGGCAUUUAAGCGACAAGAUCACUUAAAUGGACAUAUGAUGACCCAUCGGAACAAAAAACCAUAUGAAUGUAAAGCUGAAGGUUGUGGCAAAUCAUAUUGUGAUGCACGAUCCCUGAGACGACAUACCGAAAAUCAUCACGCCGGCAUUGUAACCCCACACCAGAAUCAAACACUCUCCGGAUCGCAAAAUAAUAAUUCCAAUUCGAAUUUAAGUUUAUCCCCGGCUACUGCAAAUGGUGAUGCCAGUUCACCGGAUGGUGCCACCUGUCUAGGAACAUAUCUCUCAAAUGGUGGCACAGUAGUUGAUGCUGCCACUGGUCUAGCUUUAACCGAAGAAGAAUUGAAAGCUUUAAAUGUACCACUGAAGACAACCAGCGUAACGCUAUUGUCACCCACCUCUACAACCACCUCGUCAUCAAUGUCGUCGACGUCAUCGUCAGCAAGUAGUCUAACCUCUGGCCCAGGUGCCACAAUAACCCUAACCGAUAACAGUGGAAAUAUGGAGGGAGAUGGUUUAACCCGCGAACAAUUGGAUUUGAUCAGUAAAAUUAUGCGGCAGACGAAGCAGACAACGGCCCAGGUUACGGUGUCGUCACCCACCAGUUCCCAGUCAUAUAAAAUCGAUACAAAUCCCCAGCCAAAUCAGCAGCAACAAGUGCAAACACCAAGGCCCAGGACUUGGAAUAUGCAAUUGCUCAACUCCUCCCAAAAUGUGGCCAUCACCGUGGAUGAAAUCACCACAGAUUCAAAUGCGGUGCCCACAGAGGCCACAGUCGUCACCACCAAAGUCAAAGAGGAAGAAAUCGACAUUGACCUUUCCAAUGCCAUGUCCACCAAUCCCCAACUUUUUAAUUUGGUAAAAAUCGAUCAAAAGCCAGUCGAAUGUAAUCUUUGCCAUCGUAAAUUUAAAAAUGUACCCGCCCUGAAUGGCCAUAUGCGUCUGCAUGGUGGCUAUUUUAAAAAGGAUCCCGAAACGAAGAAGAGUGAAAAGAAGGAGAACAGUGGACCGCCGCUGCAGACGGCCAGCAUUGGUGUGCGAGCCUUGAUAGAGGAGAAGAUCAUUAGCAAGAGGAGUAAAGAUUUGAAUAAGGGUGCCUUUGUAGUUCCUGCCCCACCCUCCAACAACAAUCAAACCAAUCCGACAACAAUGCGCAGAUCAAUUAGUGAUUUGGAUAGUUUUCUAAAUCCCAAACAGAAUACAAUUAACAACAAUGGUAAUAUGACAGUACAACAACAACAAAAUCAGCAGCAACAACAACAAGUCUCAACCUCCAAUCAAAUGAAAAAUUCGCCCAAAACCCUAAUCAAUAUGACCGAAAUGAAUCUGCCGCAAAGUAUUGAGAUUUAUAGCAACAACAAUAACAACAAACAAUCACAACAGCAACAACAAAAGACAAUGAAUAAUAUUGGAGUGGGUACAGCCACUGCCUCUACGUCCAAUUCAACGAAAUACCAGGCCAUAACAUCUAGCUCGAGCGGAGCAGCAACAACGAUUAAUACAACGACCAGCCGUUCAACAUCCACAGAUCCCAAAGAUUCCACCCUGAUUGAGUUGUUGAAACGUGGCACCCGCAUAGCGGUGACCCAAAAGCAACCCAAUCCGAAUAUGCCACUAGGUGGCAUUUCACGUCAAAUAAUAACCAAUAAAAAUAAUUGUAGUGUUAUAAUACCCUCAGAGGUUCAGGUGGUUACCACGAAGGGGAAAAUGAAGAAAACACAGGAGGAACAGCAACAACCGCAGCAACAUCAGCAACAACAACAAAUGCAGCAGCAGACACAGCAGCAUCAGGGGAAUGGUAAUACCACCACCACAAAUUUAACCUUGGCCGAUGGUACCCCUUUGUCUCUGACAAUUGCCCAGGGUUCGGACAGUAAUAGCGGAGAGGUCUACACUGUGACCUAUACCAGUGAUGGUUCGGGCCUAUUUGGUGAUGCUGAGGUCUAUAAUGUCAGUGAGGCUGAAAUGCUGCUACAAACCGUGGACACCAUGCAGCUGCUCAGCGAGGAGGGUGGCAAUGGAGAGCCUAUGAAAAUGGAGCCGAAUGCGGCUGGCAUUAAUACACCCACAACCUCUGAACAUUCCGAACAUUUUGAGGUUAUCGAAAGUAGUAGUAAUAAUAACAACAAUGCGAACGAGCUGAUUAUGCAGAAUUCUACGUCAUCCUCCGGAAGUUCUUCUACAACCUCGAUACUUAGUCAAAAUAACCUGCGAUCCCAUACCCUGAGUCUGCCCAAUGACCUCAAAGGUGGGCAUCAGUUCGCACCCAAUUUAAAUUCUCCCCUACAUUCACCCUUGGCCUAUCCGACACCACCAUCCAGCCAUGAAAAUGUUACCCAAACCUCCCCCUACAUUGAGGACAACCAUCAUUUUGGUGAUAGCCAAAAUAUUUUCUUUAGUGAAUCCCUGCUCUCGGGUGGUAAUGGCAAUCACGGCGAUCAGGUUGAGGAUCGUGUGUUGAAGUUGAAAAAUGUCCUCGAAGACCACUCCUUUGAUUCGAACAUCAAAGUUGAAGAUUUACUAAGUGGUUCGGGUGCCGAUACGGAAUGUGAUUUGCGGGAAUUUGCCGAGGCGAAUUUAUCCUUCCUGGAUGAGGAUCAGGAAUUCCUUAGUGAUUCGCGGAAUGCCACUUCCCCCUUGUCGGAAUCAUUUUUCACCAGUGGCAUUGGCACGGCGGAGGAAGUAAAGGAGGUGUUGCGUGAGGUCCUUACCGAAGAUCAAAUGAAUUUGAAUUGUGAAAGUCAACAGGAGAACAUCAUCGAUUUGUAUUAUCUGCCUGGGCUGAGUUUGCAGUCGCAAAUGAUGCCAAAUUCGGAGGAUCCGCUGUUGUCUUCGUCGCCCAGAGAUUUUGGUCAACUGAAAAUUGUCAAUUCCAUGCAACAGCAACAACAACAACAGCAGCAGCUACAGCAAAUGUCAAACAUUCCCCAACAACAGCAGCAGCAACAACAACAUCAAAUGACCCAGAACCUGGCCUACCCUCUUCAGCAGCAGCAACCGCACCAGGCCACCCUCAAACUGGCCUUGGAUGCCGGAGGUCAAUUGGCCACACACGAUGUGAAUCAAUUGAUUCUGAAUCUUCCCCAACAAAAUUCCCAACAAGUGACAGCAGCGACAACAACAACAUCCUCCCAGAAUCCAGGAAAUGCACAGAUGACCCAAGCCCCACAACAGCAACCCACACAUUAUAUGGCUUCCUCCCAGCAACAACAACAACAUAUAAAUUCUCUUAAUGAGGCCUUAAUGCAACCGAUAAUAUAUGCCACCAGUGGUACCACCGAUAAAAUUGAAAUAAAAUUAGAACAGCCUGCAGGAACGGCAGGGGAAGGUAGCAACAUAAGUAGCAGCAGUAGUAGCAACAACCACAACAAUCAAGUGAAUCCUCAACCUCCUCCUUCACAACAACAACAACAACCAACUCGAAUAUUACACACACCUCGUAAUAAUCCCGCCUACUCCUCAACCUCUCUGCAACCACUUUCCAAUCAAACCAAUUCCAUACUGAAAAGACGUCUUAAGGCUGGCGGCGGCGGAUUGCAUCCGCACGACUCAUCCAGCUCCCAAUCAUAUUCCAAAUAUCAGGCUCUAUCGCCAUACAAAUCGAAGUUAAGGAAACCCUCUAGGACCCACUAUACCCCGGCGCCCAUACUCAACCCGGAACGCAAGGGUCAUGGCCUUUAUUGUAAUGUUCUCAAAGAACUGGGUUGCUCUCUACUCUCCUUCGAUAAUUUCGAUGAUUUUGAUGAUGACCCGGUGGGAUUGGUCGACUUCUCCGAUGAGUCCAAGGUGAAUUUGGGUUCAGCCUAUCAGGCUUCGAUACCAGCAUUUAUUGCCAACAACACAACAGGCGGAACGGAAAUUGAGGAGACCGUGGCAGCGGAACUAAUGUGGAAUCCCGACUGUCAGCGUGAUGAAAAGAUUUUAAUGCGCUUCAUUGAUUUAAGUAAAUCUUCGGCGGUACCCUUGGGUAGCCAUACCGAAGAGGUGGCAUUGCAAACUCUGCUACAGGCCCAGGGUAAUACAGCCACGGCCGUGUUAAAUCUCUUACAGACCCAAUCGAAUUCGUUCCAAAUGAAAUGGUCCUCCCAGGAAUUGGAAUGUUUCCUGAAGGGCCUCGAGAAACAUGGCAAGGAGUUUAGUAAAAUUUCGAAGGAGCUCGGCACAAAAUCCACGGGUGAAUGUGUACAAAUGUAUUAUUUCUGGAAGAAGCUGUGUGUGGACUAUAAAGUGACCCACCUAAAAACUGAGACACCACCCCAGAUACAACAUCAUACAGCUGAUCCGAAGCCCUAUGUGUGUGAAAUACCCGAUUGUUCAGCGAGCUUUUCUUCUAAAGCAGCCCUGCAUGGUCACACACGCAUUCAUACCUAUGGCCGUAAUACGCAUAAUAACAAUAGCAACAGCCAGAAUGGCAACAGUAAUAACAACAACAAUGCUAGCAAUAAUAGCAACAACAACAACCAAAACAGCACUAAUCCCAAUGCCUCGUCUGCGAACACCUCCUCAGCUAGCAACAACAACAACAGUAACAACCACCAACAAACUACAAUGCACAGUGGUUCGAAUACACUGCAAUUGAAUGGCAGCCAGUCAGCCAUGCCGGGCAGUGGCAAUUCCAAAGAUCCCAAUAAUGCCAAUAAAGACAUUACCGAAUUUCCCUGCAAGGUGUGCGGCAAAGUAUUCAAUAAAAUAAAAAGUCGCAGUGCCCACAUGAAGACCCAUCGUGUUACGGACAAUGAAACCUCGGUACAAAUUACAAAUAAUCAAAAUCAUGCCGUGCAACAGCAUCAUAACCAACAACAACAGCAGCAGCAGCAGCAACAGUCCCAGCAACAACAACCAUAA